UCUCAAAACAAAACUUAAACUUUGAUAUUUGGUGAAAAUUGAGCAUGAAAUAUUUCUGGCUGGCUCUAAAACAAGUAGCGAUACCUUAGAAUGGGCAAUGGUAGAGUUGCUCCGCAACCCAGCAAGUAUGAGAAAGGUUAAAGAAGAGCUUAAUCGAGUUGUUGGACUGAACGAGGAAGUUGAAGAGAGUGAUAUAAAGGAACUUCCAUAUAUGCAAGCAGUGGUUAAGGAAAGACUGAGGUUACAUCCACCGGGUCCCUUUCUUAUUCCUCGGAAUGCCAUGGAAGAUACCAAUUUCAUGGGUUUUGUCAUACCUAAAGAUACACAAAUUUUGGUGAAUGCCUGGGCAAUUGGAAGAGAUCCAGAUGCUUGGGAGGAUCCCUUAAUGUUCAAGCUUGAGAGAUUUUUUUUUGUGGGAAGAUUCGAGAAAGAAGAUGCUGGAGGAAGAAGAUGAUGCAAAAUUGUAAUUUGGUGGGCCCCACUUUUGUUUUUGUGUUGGGUAUGACCAUGUCAUCAUUUAGCCAAUUGUACAACUGACGUGUCUUAAAUUUUUGAUAUGUAUGUGAGUUAAUAGACGAUUUUUAACGGA